AUGCUUAGGAGAAUCGCUAUCAGGAAUCUGGCAUACAUAGUUCGGAGAUGCAAGGAGCUGAUCGGCGGUCCAAACAACAUGAGGAAUUCUGAGGGAGACGCGUCUCUUACAGUCGCGGCGCGUCGUGAUAGAUCGCAAUCUGCCUUACUAUCAGCCUGAAUCUCUUCGCUGCAGCCAACCAACUACCAGUCGCGCCUCCCUUACGAGGAGAAAAGAUACGGUGAUUGCCAUCAGCCCGCAGAUCUUGUAGAUACCGUGACAUGA